AUGACAACAUCAGCAAGCACAUACACACCAACAGUCCAGAGAUCCUCCACUAGCACAAGCAUUUCUUCUACUGUAACAUCCACUCCAACUCCUUCAACAAGUUCUCCAACUUCCAUACCACCAAAAUCAACCGUGUUUAGUCCUCCUCCUGGAUGUGUUUGCAGUUGGUCAGAUUGGCUGGACUUUGGUGGCCCAACAACAGGUCCUAAUGGUGGUGCAGUAAUAACGAUUGAAAAAAUAACUGAUACCUAUUCUUCCCUAUGCAAAGUACCUAUGCAAGUGGAAUGUCGGGCAAAACGUUUCCCAGGACUUCCUCUUUCACAGCUUGGCCAGACAGUGAAAUGUAAUGCAAAAGAUGGAUUAGUUUGCUUGAAUAAAAACCAAGGCCUCACACAGCAGUGCGUUGACUUUGAGAUCAGAGUGCUCUGUUGUGAUGGAAAUUGUGGCAGCCUCUCAACACAUGCACCAAUUUCAGCCACCACUAGAGUGUCAUCAACAAGCAUGACCACAUCAGCAAGUACAUCAACACCAACAGUCCAGAGUUCCACCACUAGCACAAGCACUUCUUCUCCUGUAACAUCCGCUCCAACUCCUUCAACAAGUUCUUCAACUUCCACAACACCAAAAUCAACCACUGUUAAUCCUCCUCCUGGAUGUGUUUGCAGUUGGUCAGAUUGGCUGGACUUCGGAGGCCCAACAACAGGUCCUAACGGUGGUGAAUCCAUUCCAAUAAAAAAAUAA